AUGUGCAGGUCAAAGAAGACCACGAGUGUGAUCGAGCCAUCGCACAGAAGCAAAGCCUAUAAAUCAUCACCAACUUCAACCUUGUUCACUCGGUCAAGCAAUUCCACAAGCACCACAAUAACCAGCUCCAGCUACGGUAUCUCCACAUCGAAUUCAUCGGUGUUGUCACUCAAAUCCCCCCUGUCGGUCCUGCCGGAAAACCCACAUAUCUACGAGUUCUCCGAGAUUCGUACGGCUACAAACAACUUCUUAGCUAAACCCUUUUCAUCUUCAUCCUCCUCGUCAACCUCCUGGCGGUGCAAUCUCCGGGGCAAAGACGUCGUCGUUUUUCAGCGGAAGAUGCGCCGGAUAAUAAACACGUCGGAGCUCUCUCAUCGGCUCUCGGUCAUUUCCCGGAGCCACCAUAGCAGUCUCGUCAAAUUACUGGGUGCUACACUUUCAUCGAAUUACGUCUUCCUCGUGUACGAGUACGUGCCGGGAGCGAACCUCGUGACUUGCUUGCGGAAUCCCAGGAACCCAGAUUUCACAGUGCUUUCCCGGUGGGUAUUGCGAGCCCAAAUCGCGGCGGAUUUCGCGCAUGGUCUGGAGUAUAUCCACCAUUGCUCGGGUCUGGACUCGACUUUCGUCCAUAACCAUAUACAGAGCACGAGCAUAAUCGUCACCGAAGAUCCUCUCAGGGUCAGAAUCUGCCAUUUCGGCACGGCGGAGCUCUGCGAAGCCAGAGACGUCACCGACCGUCCCAUUCUGUCGAAGUCGAAAAGCAACGGACUGAAGAUAGAGGGGACGAAGGGGUACAUGGCGCCGGAGUUGAAGGUGACGGGGGUGUCAACGCAGAAGUCCGACGUGUAUGCUUUUGGGGUUGUGCUGUUGGAGUUGAUUUCGGGGAAAGAGGCGUUGAAGUACGACUGUGAUGAGAGUGCGGCCGGUGGGUAUAGGAGUGCGAACAUCAUCGACAGUGCGCGAGAGGUGGUGGGUGGAGGUGGCGUCGGGUUGAGAAGGUGGGUUGAUAGGAGACUGAAGGAUUCGUACCCGGUGGAGGUGGCGGAGAAGAUGGUGUUGGUGGGGCUGGAGUGCGUGAAGCAGGAUCCGGAGGAGAGACCUGAUAUGGGUCGAGUUGCCGGGUUGAUGUCAAAAUUGUAUCUUGAAUCAAUGGAGUGGGAACAGAAGAUAGUCUUGCCCGUUGAGUUCUCUGUGUCAAUGGCACCCAGAUGA